AACUAAAAAACAAAGAAAAUAACAAAAAUUAAUAAAAAAAAAUAACAAAAACAAUUUGAACAAUAAAUGCAAACUAGAACAAUAUAUUUAACAAUUCUAAUUGCUCUAAUAGGGUUUUCAAAUACCUAAUUUUUAGCAAAGGAAGCAUAGAAUUUUGGCGAUGAUCGUGUUUAAGUUCCUGACAUUUGCGAUGUCUAAAUUGCACUAAACUUAAAAUACCUCCUUUUAGAUGUGGUUGGGCAAUAAGUAUAAGAUGAAAAUGGACAUAAUUUUGUAAGAAUAAAUUUUAAUUUUUCUGUAAAGCAGCCAUCUAACCUUACAAAGACAUGCAUUUUUAAAUCAGUCAAAGACAUAUAUUACAUAGAUUAAAUGAAUUAGCUAGGAUAUUUUGAUAGUUAGGUCAAAAAAUAAACAGAACAAGGGCUUUACAUAUAAUUGCCUAUUAAUGAUAUUUAAAAUUAUGCAAUCUCUACUUCUACUAUAGCAAAUUAAGAUAAAAUAGGUUUUUCUAGCAUCUUAAAUCUUAAAUUGACUUUUGGAAAUACAAGAGUACCUGUGAGAGAGUACUAAAUCUAGUAUACAAUCGAUUAGCUUGCCAAUGCGUCUAUUUAAUUUAAAGAUUAAAAUAUAUCAUUUUAAAAUGCCUAAGUUGGUGUCAGAUUAGUCUGA